AGCUGAUCAGCUUCACUUUUAGACGACACCAGCUGAACAUCAUGUUUUGCUGUUGCAUAUUUUUGGCUGUUUCUUUGUUGCAUUCUCUGUGUCACUUCCAUGUGUCAGGCUACGAUCCUAGCUGCACAGAGUAUCCUGUGUUCACUCCAUCUGCACUGGUAGUGAAGUACGGUGACCCAGCCAAUGUUGCAUGUGAUGUAUGUCAGAAGGACUGCAGUGGAGAUGCUUCAGGUUUGGAGCACGGUGUGGGAAAAGUUACAAAAAAUGGAACCACGAUGUUCUGGACAGUUGACAGACUGACUGACUGGGACAUACGUCUACUGUGCUUUUAUACCAGUAAUCAGUGUACUAGCACUCUGAAUCCAACUCUUUAUCAGCUUCCAGAAAGUGUCUCCAUCAGCUUUGUAAACCACACUGAGAUGAUGUUUGAGAAUCAGCAGUACACCCUGCAGUGUAGCGUACAGAACGUAGCUCCUGUUCAAAGCCUCACUGUGACCUUCUACAGAGGAAACACAGCACUGGAUCACCUACAGUCCAGGAGUGAACAAAAGAAACCAGUGAAUGAGACCUUCACUCUGAACAUCACCCCCAGUAGAGAAGAUGAUGGAUCCCAGUACUGGUGUGAAGCCAAGCUGGAGCUGGGACCAGCUGGACCACAGAGCCCUCCAGUGGUGACAUCAGAAAAGCUCCCUGCUAUAGUUCACUAUAGGCCUGAGCUAAUAGGGCCACGAAAUCCAGAUGUGAUCACAAUCACAAAAGGAGACACUCUACACCUGAACUGCUCCUCUGUGGGAAACCCCAGCCCCUCAUACACCUGGACACACCCAACAAAUAGCUCAUCUUCCUACACUGGCAGCGUUCUCAAUAUCAAUCCUGUCGGCUUUGAGCAUAAAGGACAGUAUAUCUGCACUGUGAGCAAUACAGUAGGGACUGUCACCAAGGAGUUUAACGUUGAUGUCAAAGCUUCCCCCUGGAUAUGGAUAAUAGUUGGGGUAUCUGCAGCUCUUCCGUUUGUCUUGAUACUUUGUGUGCUAUGUUAUCGUUUCUAUAAACAAAACCGAAAGGGAAGCUACAACCUAAAGGAUGUUUUACGGUUUCCUAAGCACACUGCCUUGCCUCUGCAAAACUGCGAGAAGGUCUGAACUGUGGACAAAAAGUCUGGAGCUGUUUCUUCAACAUUAGGUGCUGUCUAAUUCUUCAAGUCAAUUUGCCAAGUUUGACAUCAUCCCGGUUUGAUUGAGGUAGUGGUUACCUUCCUCUACUGAUGACAUCUGAUGACACCAAACAACAAAAAUGACAGCAUGAAAUGAAGACUUUAAGUGACGUGACCGGUGACCUAAAUACUGAAUGGAAAAAAAGCUCCUUCCUCUUUUAACAAGCUUCUGCUUUCAAAGUACUGUAACACAGUCAGCAGCAGUUCUGCAGUCACUUCCUGUAAAUAUGCUGCCUUAAAUCCAGGUCUUGGGUUGUAGCUUUUAAGGAGUGAUCUCGAUAUUUCAUUGGGGUGAGUGUGGAAUUCAAAGUCCCUGUGUCGAUACAGACUGAAAACACAGGAUCUCACCAGCUUUUUCCUUGAACUGUUACACAGCCUGGAAUUUAGUAUUGUUGUCAUGGCAGCAGCUUACUGGCCUCUGUCUGUAUUUCUGCCACUACUUUGUUUUACAUCUUGCUUCUAGUUCAUUCUCGAUUUUGACUGUUGACUGCUGAGAAAAUCGAGUUCUAUGAGAAAUAUUUGAUAUUAUUUUAUUUUAAGUUGUUAGGUUUUCAGUAUUUGGUGACUGUAAAAGUACAAACUCAAGAUUAACAGGACACUAACUUAAAGAUUCUGCACACUUUGUUUUGUUCAAUUUGCUUUGGAAAAUGUGAAGGUAAAUUAAUAUCAUCAAAUCCGUAUGCAAGCAGAGGGCUGAACAUCCACUAUCACUGCUGUGUGGAUGAACAUGCUGUUUAACUGUUUUGUUUUGUUUUAAUAAAAGUAAUUUAAAUUACUUUGUAUGUUUAUUUAGACAUGUACUACUAAAGUAAAGGAGAAUUUCUGUUGCUUCUUUCAACGAGUGUAGUGGCUGUAAUUGUGUCAGGCUAGCUUUGCACUCCUGAUCUCUACUGUAGAGAAUCAGAGGAGAAAUGUGAAGCAUGCAGGUUAUUGGCUCUGCCAGCACACUGCCUCAGAUUUGCAGCUCCCAUCAUUUCCAGAAAUCUGGAAGAGGAGCGUGCCAACUUAGAGCCAUGCUUCUACCUGCUGAUGGGAAAUAGACAAGGCUGAAGUGUUUUGUUGUUCACAUCCGAUAUGAAAUUUCCACUGAAGCCCUGAAACCCUCAGAAAGUCUAAAGUAAAGUGUAAAAGAUAAGUGGUCUCUGUGACACCACCCACUGGCUUGUGUGGUUUUGAAGCCUCAGGUUUGACACCAUCUAAGACAUGUUAGGCGUCAUGUUUCUGACCUGUUAGCUACCCCCAUCUUUCAUAUAUUAUCUACGAUUCAAACAAACAGCUAGUGACAGACCAACGGUUGCCACAUCCAUGUAUGUUUGUGUAUAGUAUGUGUGAUUGUUUAUUGUUAUAUUGUGGGUAUUAGUGAAAAAAGCUAAGUUGUAAUAAUACAGUGCACACUGGAGCUUAUGUUUAUUUUUAAAAUGUAAAUAAAUUACAGAACCUUUUUGGAAAAAAAAA